AUGCCGAGAAAGGGGAAGAGGUCCCAGGCCCAGGCGGAGCGCUGGAGAAAGGAGAAGGUCGAUGAGCCAGACCCCCCCCAGAGCUCCCUCUAUCCAGUGAACAACUCGGCUGGUUUCACACUCCCAGCCAAACGGCCCUGGUCAGAGGAUGAAGCGCGUGCCGACUUUUGUGCACGCCAUGGCUCCGGGCGACGCCACAGAGUGCUCCAUUGGUCAAUUUCCCCCUUCACAGGGCGGCCAAACAAAUUGAUCAUGCCGCCUGAGUCCCCGGACAAGAAGCUUGUUCUGAUUGUCGGGGACUCCCAUCUACGCGCCAUUGUAGAUGGUUUUGUCCAGAUGCCAAAGACUCAAGACCUGUCCUUUGGCAUCAUGUCGACUCCGGGGGCCAGUGCGUCUCAGCUCCGUACCGAGGUCCUAAACGCCGUAGUUCCUCGUACUCCUGAGGCCGUAUGUCUACUGGCUCCCAGCAACGACCUGACUCGCAACACCAUUGCUAACGCUGCCAACGACUUUGCCAAACUCCUCCAAUCCAUUGGCAACCGCUGGCCUAAGGUUUUUGUUGUCGACUUUCCACCCCGCCUGACUUGUGACCCUCACUACCAGGAUCACCUGCGUCAGGAAUAUCGACGUGUGGCUGCUCGUAUGGGUAUGUGGAAAAUAUUUGAGUUUCAUACAGCUAAUUGA